CCUCCCUGGCCGUUCCUAUUGCCCUGAUUCCUCAUCUGCUGAGACACCGGGCGGGGUCGCGUCGGCACCUAGCGCCCCGCGCUUGGGCAGAUUCAAAGGAAGAGGUUUCCUUCUAUUCAAGGAAUAGAAGAUGAACAAAUCCAUAACACCAUCAACAUAUGUGCGCUGCCUCAAUGUUGGACUAAUUAGGAAGCUGUCAGAUUUUAUUGAUCCUCAAGAAGGAUGGAAGAAGUUAGCAGUAGCUAUUAAAAAACCAUCUGGUGAUGAUAGAUACAAUCAGUUUCACAUAAGGAGAUUUGAAGCAUUACUUCAAACUGGAAAAAGUCCCACUUGUGAAUUACUGUUUGACUGGGGCACUACAAAUUGCACAGUUGGUGAUCUUGUGGAUCUUUUGGUCCAAAAUGAGUUUUUUGCCCCUGCAAGUCUUUUGCUACCAGAUGCUGUUCCCCAAACUGUUAAUAUACUACCUUCUAAAGAACCUGUAACAGUUCAGCAAAAACAAGUGCCUCUCUAUGGCAAGGAGAAGACAUUUGUGAUACCUGUGCAGAAUCUUGAACAAAACUAUAUGACACCUGACUCCUCAAGUCCAGAAAGUUUAGGAGUUAGUGACACACGUUUUCACAGUUUUUCAUUUUAUGAAUUGAAGAAUGUCACAAAUAACUUUGAUGAACGACCCAUUUCUAUCGGUGGUAACAAAAUAGGAGAGGGAGGAUUUGGAGUUGUAUAUAAAGGCUAUGUAAACAACAGAACUGUAGCAGUGAAGAAGCUUGCAGCAAUGGUCGACAUUAGCAUUGAUGAACUGAAACAACAGUUUGAUCAAGAAAUAAAAGUAAUGGCAAAGUGCCAACAUGAAAACUUAGUAGAACUACUUGGUUUCUCAAGUGAUGGAGAUGACCUCUGCUUAGUUUGUGUUUACAUGCCUAAUGGUUCAUUGCUAGACAGACUGUCUUGCUUGGAUGAUACUCCACCACUUCCUUGGCACAUAAGAUGCAGGAUUGCUCAGGGUGCAGCUAAUGGCAUCAGUUUUUUACAUGAAAAUCAUCAAAUUCAUAGAGAUAUUAAAAGUGCAAAUAUCUUGCUAGAUGAAGACUUUACAGCCAAAAUAUCUGACUUUGGGCUUGCACGGGCUUCUGAGAAGUUUGCCCAGACAGUCAUGACUAGCAGAAUUGUGGGAACAACAGCUUAUAUGGCACCUGAAGCUUUGCGAGGAGAAAUAACGCCCAAAUCUGACAUCUACAGCUUUGGCGUAGUUUUACUAGAAAUAAUAACUGGGCUUCCAGCUGUGGAUGAACACCGCGAACCUCAGUUGUUGCUAGAUAUUAAAGAAGAAAUUGAAGAUGAAGAAAAGACAAUUGAAGAUUACAUUGAUGAGAAGAUGAAUGACAUUGAUUUCGCUUCCAUUGAAACUCUGUACUCUAUUGCCAGUCAAUGCCUGCAUGAAAAGAAAAAUAAGAGACCAGACAUUAAGAAGGUCUACCAGCUGCUGGAAGAAAUGACAGCUUCUUAAAACUUUAGUAGAAUAGGCUCUUGGCUUUUUAUCUAUAUCUAAACCAUUUUUUAAACUAAAUUUUUUAGUAAAUAUUUUUCUUUACUUUUAACAAGGCAGCAUGGUGCAGUGCCAUGGUUAUUAAAGCUUACAUAGAACCCCCAACAUAUGGAAUAAACAAAAGUAGAGCUGCUAUUUCAACGCUUAGCCCUACCUUCUUAGUGUCACCUCACUUCUCGCAGUAAUCCCUGAAACAGUUUGAAAACCACAGGAUUAGCAAAAAACAGGAUUAGACUGUAAGGAUGAAAAGACCCUGGGCUGAAGCCCAACAUUAUUACUACUUUGCUGUAAAGCUUUGGGCAAUCUCUUAGCUGCUUUGAGCCUUGUUUUUUUUCACCUGUAACAUUGGACUAAUACCUACUGUGCCGCUCUGAUAGGUAGUCAUGAAAAUCAAAUGAUGCAGAAUAUUUACAAGUACUUUGUAACUUAUAAAGUGAUAUAAAAUUUAAAGUUUAUAUAGAUAAUUAUAAAAUCCUAUUACAGUAUUUGUUUAUAGGGUCAUGUUCACAGUGUGCUAUUUAAAGCAGUUAUUCACCAGAAACCAAGUAUGCUCAAAUGAUAUUCCCAUGUUGAUAUGGCUAUUAUUAGAUUAUGUUAUAUGGCAAAGUCGAAGGAUUUUUGUAGAUGGCAGUUAAGGUUCCUAAUCAGCUGACUUUGAGUAUCAACAGGGAGACUGCUGAAUGGGCCUGACCUAAUAAGGUGAGCUCUCAUAAGAAGUCUGAGAGAUUCUCCAGCGGGCCUUAAAGAAGUAAGCUACAGCGUUAUAAGAAGGCCACAUUGGUUAAGACCUACAGGUGGCCUCUAGGAGAUGAGAGCUACCUUCCAGCUGUCAGCCAGCAAGAAUAACUGGGACCUCAGAUGUAUAACCACAAGAAACUGAAUUCUUCCAACAACCUGAACUAGCCCAGAAGAGUACUCCAAACUUCAGAUGAUACCAUAGCCCCAGCUGACACCUAAAUUUCAGCCUUAUGAGACCCUCAGUAGCGAGCCUAGCUGAGCUGUGCCUGGACUUCUGACAUGCAAAACUGUGAGAUAAUGAAUGAGUUUCUGUAAGCCACUAAGUUUGUGGUAAGUUAUUAUGCAGCAAUAGAAAAUGAAUACAAAUAUUCCCAUGAUGAUUCUCCUGUGGAGAUAUCCCAUCAUGUUAACUCUACCCAAACAAGGGGUUUAUACAGUGUGUAUACUCAAGGGUUGUACUUUGUACUGUACUGAUUUUUACUGCAUUUCUCAAUUGUUCUUAGUGCCUGCUCGUUUGUUUGUUUGUUUGUUUUACUACAGAGAAUGAGAGACCUCUGGAGAGUAGUGGUGAAUUGAUUUUUUAAAUGAUUUUUAACUAUUUCUCCUAAGUUUAAAAUUCUCAAUUGUUUUAUAUUAUUUGAAAAUUUAUUUUACAGAUUUGGGUGAGCAGAAAGAGUUAAUUUCCUUAAGCAUGAAAGUUGGUCAAUAGGAAAACUAAUGUGUUUAGAAGGAAUACCGAGUGUCUGCAAUUAUUCAUUCACUCAAUAACUUUUAUUUCUAUAGUUCUUUCAUUAACACACUCAGAAGAAAAGUAUGUACAGUAAGCUAUAGUAGAAGAUGAUCAUCCUCUUUGAUGUAUUGUUUAGACCUUCCUAAAUGCUUUCCUGGGAAAUAAAGAUAGCACAUCUUUCUAAUCACUUUUAUAAAAUAAGAAAAAGGAAAAUCAAAUGACUUAGUCAAAUUAAUCUCAGUGGGAACCCACAUAAUUUGAGGCACAUGAUGAUUUGUAACACUAAAAAUAGUUAUUUUAAAAUAUAAUUAACUAUUUCUUGAAAUAAAAGCAUAUAUGUAAAAUGGCAUAUAUGUAGCCCUGAUUGAGGACUGUAGCCAAACUAUAUUAACGUUUUAAAAAUGAGUAAACCAUUUCAUUGAUUUUGAAAGUGUUACAGUAUUAUUUGGUAAAUGUUUCAUUCUAUCAAAUGGAAUCAAUAUCAGAUUUACCAAAAUUAGGUCUAGCUUCCCUCUCUGGAAGCUCUUUUGAAGGCAAUAAUACUGUAAAUCCAAGAUUCCAAAGUAAGUGUUAACCACAGUUUCUUCUCUUUGCCUGAUGAUGUCAGAUGCAUCGUGGAUCCUUGAACUUGUGUGACCCACUUAACUAUGAGAAUGAACAGCAGAGGGGGUGUCCUCAGCUGGCACAUGAACAGGGUUGUCACAAAAGUUAUAAAGAGAAUAAUGUAUAGGCUCUUUUCACUGUUUCCCUCAAGGCAGAAAUUAAAAGCCUGUAGUGACAUCAUUUUCUUAACAUCAUUUGGAAUGGGCUUCCCGCUAAUCUUUUAUAGAAACAAAAAAAUUGAACAGGUUUUCGAAAAAAAACUUUUGACAGAGGUUUUACAAGCUUUGGUGUGAACUUUUAACAUUGUCUCCAACAACUGAUUGUGCCAACCAAUGAGUAACAACAACAUUGUUAAGAACCACCCACCCACCUCAUUUCCAGAAAGAACAACUGUUUUUAUUCCCAUAUUUCUGACCUAUUGGUUUACUAGUUAGCCAACUAAGUUUUUUAAAUUCUAAAUUUCUCUCGAUAUGUUCUAUGAGAACCAAAGAGGUAAUAGGAACAAUUGGUCAAUGUUUUGCUUUACUUUUCUAACAUAUAAUUAAGAAAAAUUUAAGACAUUCUAAAGCAUUUAUUGCUCUGUUCACUUUUUGUUCCGUAGCCAUAUAAAAGGGCCAUAGAUUUCAGCCAUUCGUAGUCCUCUUAUUCACUUUCAAAAUAAGCAUAUAUUUUAUUUUUUCCAAGCUUUAUUAUGGUGUACUUGACAAAUAAAAAUUGUAUAUACUUAA